AUGGAGGGCGAUAUUGUUGCAGACAUCAAUUAUUUUCCGGCUUCAGGUAUACCGAUACCCACAUCUGCAUGGCAGAAACGUUAUCUAGGGAUCGGUGAUGAACAUACUCGGCCCAUGACCAUUCACAAUGUCCGCCAAAGACAGCAAGAAUUCGAUCUAGACACCAACGGCUUUACAUUUGUCAAGCUGAAACCCAAACAAAGAAUCAACGGUUCCAGCACCGAGGAUGAAAUACGCCAGGACUACUAUCCAGAACUAGUGGAACUGGCAAAGAACCUGACCGGCGCAAGCACUGCCUUUGUCUUCAAUCACGUCGUUCGAGCACACUCAUCCCCAUCUGACAAAGGCAAGCUCGACUCUCACGGGCGUUGGCAGGACAUACCUGCAGGUCAUCCACACGUUGACUACUGCGGCGAUCCUACUUACCUCGAAGGCACCAAAAGAGAACUCAACUUAAGUCCUGACGUCUCCUCGCUUUAUACCACAAGCUCGCGUUAUGCGUAUCUCGGUGCCUGGCGGCCUCUGAAGCCGCUACGCAGAGAUCCUCUUGCCGUGUGCGAUGCCACAACGGUCCCAGAUACCGACUACCAACUUCGCAUGCGAGAGUUUAGGAGCGGUGUUAAGUCUGGGAACUAUGUCAUGAGCCACACAGAAAAGAAGCAGCAACAUCAGUGGUACUACAUGGCCGAGAUGACACCGGAAGAGAUCGUAGUGUUCAAAGGAUAUGACACUGAGCAGACCAGACCAGGCUGGCGAUGUCCACACACAGCGAUUAAACUACCAGAUUCAGAUCAUGAAACACCAAGGGAAAGCAUUGAGGCCCGCAUCGUCUGCUUCUGGUACUGA